AUGGGCGACAACGUGGCGCACCCCGAGGAAGCGCCGUUUCCCCUGACCAAUGUAGACAAAUGGGUUCUGUCGCAGACAGACGACGAGUUCAAGAAACACGGCUGGACAGACCUGGAGCAGAUCAUAGAGACCAACAACCUGUCUGUUCUCAAACGCAAGCCCUCUGAUCUCCGCCGAUACAUAAAGUGGACAGCCGACAUCAAGGCGCAGUACGGCUCCAUGUCCCAGUACAUCCUCGCCAACCGCCUGCCCCAAUCCUGGGGUCAGCCCCCUUUCACCCCUUCAUCCCAGGUUCCCUUUGCGAGCCCGGCAGACUACAAGGUCCUCCUCAACGACUGGCCGUACGGGCUGGACCCUGAAAUAACGCAUAUUGUCGUGUGGUCGCGGACGCCUAUACCGACGGAUCCCGAGACGGGCGACAUGACGCCGGAGAGCAGAGCCCUUGUACAGAACUUCGUCAAGAUGUACUUUGUUGAUGCGCUCGGGCCGGGCGGGGGGAAGCAGGUCCUGUGGUUCAAGAACUGGGUUGCUCUGCAAAGCGUCCGAUCGCUCGAGCACUUUCACAUCCUGGUGCGCGAUGUCGGCGACGACACUCUGGAGCGCUGGACUGGAGAACGGCGCGGACGAAUCGAAUAG